AUGGACAGACACCGUCCCAUCCUGAGGAAGCUAGCCGAGACAAGUGCAGGUGGGAAAGAAAAGUUUUACGGACUACCAAACGAAGAGUCGAAAGAAACCGCGAAAACUCCUCCAGUACCUAAACCUGUACAGCCACCAGUAGAAAAGAAAAAGAAAUCUCAUCCCAAAAUGUUUGUAGUAAGUUAG